UUAUAACAAAUUUAACGAAAACAGUUCAAAGAUAAAAAUAUUUUAUUUCAUUAAUGAAUAAAAUAUCAAUAACAUAAAUGUUACUAUAAAACUCAUAUACAAGUUUUCUAAAAAUAUGUUCUAUAUUUUUAAUUUCUUUUUUUUUAUUUUCAUAUAUAUUCUCUUCCAUGAAUUUUUCAAAAUGAAAAAAAUAAUAAGUUAUGCUUGUAAUAUAAAUUUAAAAUAAUAUAAAUUUCAAGUAUAUAAAUAAAUAUAUAAAAAAAACAAUUUGAGUAAGAAAAAAUAUAACGUAAUGAAUUUUAAAUAAUUAAAUUUAAAUAAAUAUUUUUCAUAUAUAGAUAUUAAAAUCUGUCAAUAAUCUAUAUAUAGAUGAUUAAAUUUAUUAAUUUUAUUUUAAAGAAAUUACAUUUUUCAAAUACAUUUUGAGUUUAACAAUAAAUGAAGAAGAUACAUAUAUUGAAUCACGUAGUAAAACAAUCUAUCAUGGUCAUUGGCACUAUUACUAUUUUGACUUUCGUAGUGUAUUUACAUUGAAGCGCAUGUCGCGUGAUUGGUUGGCUUGGCUGACGUGCGUGUGUUGACGUUCCAUCAAAACAAAGCACGGUCGCGCGUCUCAUCGAGCAUUUUACCACGAUACGUCGUUGCGAAUGCGUCGUUUCUUUAUAACGUGUUUUACGAAAGUGUCAGUUGUCUUUUCAAUCGUGUGUGCAUUAUUAGCUUUUAAGUGAUUAAGUGCGUGGAUUAUGAUGGCAUCCACUGUAAAAUUCACUUCGGAUGAGAGUUUGGGUGAAUCUUGGGUGGAAUUGAAUCCAGUUCCCGACAGGAUAACACCGUUACCGUUUAGUAGCGGAGGUGAAGAAUAUCUUCGAUUGCUUAGAGAAGCGCAAAGAGAUUCUUUGCCCUCGUCUGCUAGGCAUUCUUUGGCAUCUUCCCGUCGAGGCACACCAAGAGAUAGCCCGAAAAGUCCACCUAACAGUCCAAACACGGAAUUAUCAACCGAGGAUGAACUUAAGGGAGUUUAUAUAAAUUAUUGCUGCAACAAGGAAUCCGAAUUUCUGGAGAAGAACACCGAUUGGAUCUAUGAAUGGAGUUCGCGCCCAGAUCAAGCACCACCGAAAGACUGGAAAUUCAAGCAUCCUCAGGGAAUGAAUAAAAGAAAAUCUUAUAGCAUUCGUACAACGAAAGUGGGAAAAAUUGGAUUGUUCUCAAAAGAGGUCCUUUAUACUCUUGUUAUCACGAAUAUUCUAUCCGUUUUGGUUGGAGCUGGCUUGGGGGUUUGGUUGUCCAGGCGAGGAUCGAUAACGACCAGCGUGACCAUCGAGUGAAAAAAAAGAGACCAGUACACGAAAGUCAGGAUUGCUGCGCUGGAGUUUGCGAGAAUACGGAGUAUAGGGUUGGUCUAUUUCGAGCCGCUAGAAAGACUGAAAAGCCAAGAAAAAAGGGUCGAUCGAGCCUAACAAAACACACAACAUAUUAUUUCGAUUACCACAAUUUAAUAUUAGCACUUUUUAUUCUAUUCUUCCCUGCCCGAAAGAAACUUAACUUACGGUGUACUUAUUGAACGCCGUAUUAUUGUGUAAGUCAUAUGCAAUUAUAUGCUUAAAAAAAUGCUUAAAAAAAAAAAGAAAAAAGAGAGUGAGAAAAAAAGAAAAAAAUAAUAUGGUUAUAUAUUUAGCGUUGUUGAGGAAAUAAGAUAAUGUCCAUUUUAUACCAUUUCUAAUGCGUUUCUAUCAGCGAUAGUCUGUAGGUAUAGCUUGGAUAGUAUUUAUCGAUAACAAUUAUUAUUCGUUAAUUGAACAGAAAAUAAAGAUUUGAGAAAAAAAAAAAUAUAAAGAAUAUUUGCGUAGAUAUAUAUGUACAUCGUUUUGUGUAUGAAAACGGUUAGGAAAAUGAGAGUGUGUAUAAAAAAAGGAAAAGAAAGAAAAGAUUUUUUGCGAUGAGAGAAGGAUUUAUGCAGUGUUAAUUAUAUCUUUGUUUAGAUUAUUCGAAUAUUCUGCUGCACUAAAAUUUGUGCGUUCGAUGUUGGUACGAAUUCAAGUGGCGUCUUUGCUAGUUGUUUCGUAAAGCGAAAUGUGAUAGAAAAGGUGGUAUUUAAUUAAUGGAAUUUCAUCCUUUUAUUGAAUUGAAAGGAACGAUCGAUAUGUUUUUACAACGUACAUCACGAUGAUACGAUUGUUUAAGCAUGUGGUAAGUUUGAUUAUUCGUUCCGUUCUCAUACACUUUGGAUUUUAUAUAGUUACGACCCUAAACGAGAUGUAAAGAAAAAAGAAAUAUAAUACAGCAUAAGUGUAGUUUUUUUAUUAUUAUUAUUAUUAUUAUUAUUAUUAUUAUUAAUUCGUUACCAAUGAAACACAGAACUGACAAUUUGAAUGCAAUCACUCGUUGAUUGAUAUUUCUUUAAUCUUAUGUAUUUAUAAUAUGCGUUUUGAACAGUUGACAGGAAUUUUAUACAAUAUAAAUGAUUUUAUAUUUAACAAUUUAUAAUUUUUUGAUAAAAGGAUAAGCAGAGUAGAAAUGAUUAAAAAACAAAAAAAUAUGAAAUUUAGUUAAGUGCAACAUUAUUUAAUUUAAUGGAAUUUUUAAUGGAAGAAAACUGUCUAUUUUUAUUUUCGUGUUUUAAUAAUAUUUUUAAAUCAAUUUGAGUUUUUUCUCGCUAAGUGAAAGAUAUAUUGUUAAUUUACAAUUGUAUGCGUUAAAAAAAAAGUUAUGUUCUUUUUCACAGAAUUAUAUACGAGUUGCUUUUUCUAAUGGCACAAUGUGUGAUUUGUAUUGAAUUAUCACAAAAUAAAAGACUCAAUAUUGAUUGCA